AUGCGUGGACUGGCUCUCACCACAGCACAGUAUUCUCUGCUAAAGGUAGAGGACAAAGACCCACACCCAAAAAAUUGGCGACCACAACUGCUGAUCUGCUUAUCCACUACAUGGUCCAAAGAUGUGAUAGAUUUGCGAGCAAUGUCUAUGUUGAAUCUUGGAGCACAGCUAAAAGCUGGACAAGGACUAGCAAUAGCAUGUGCGUUUUUGAAAGGAUCUGCUGACAGUGCUAAGGAUAAGAUACAUGCAAAGCAGGUCAAAGAUCGCCUGACCAAAGAUAUGGCUAAAACGAGAUUACGUGGAUUCAGUAAAACAAUCUUUUACAUUCCAGAGCAGAUGAGCGGAUCUGUAUCAGCACUAUUUCAAUCCAUUGGAAUAGGCGGCUUGCGCCCCAAUACCAUACUUCUAAGCUGGCCAAAAACUGGCGAUCCAGAAGAGUUGGAACUUUUCACAGGUAAAAUCACUCUAACUUCUUAA